AUGGCAGAAGGUGGAACCCGACUGACUCGGCUCGACCCUCCGUCCGCAGACAACAUUAUCUUGUCAGACUUACAUUUCCUCGAUUGCCCUGUCUGUCUGGAACAAAUACGACAGCCGAGGUCUCUACCGUGUCACCAUUCUUUUUGUGAGGAAUGCUUGACCAGCUAUAUCGUGAACGAGGUGUCGAGGAAGAGUGGUGCAACAGCUUCCUUCAUCUGUCCAGUAUGUAGGAAGCUUACUCACCCAAUGAACAAAUCAGAAGACAGAGAGAAUUGGGCCAAACAAUUUCCGAGCGACAAUGUUGUCAUUGAGAUGAUACAGAGGAAAAACAAGAUGACAGAACCUUACUACUGUUUGCCCUGUCAGCGAAAAGGAAAUACGACGGCUGCACAGUUCUGGUGUAAAAUAACCCAGUCUGUAUUUUGCAAGCCUUGUAAAGAAGAUUUCCAUGACAUGAUUCACAUCAACUGCGAUGUUGUAGAUAUAACUGGAUCGAACCAUUCUCUUUUGGAACAGUCGGAUAAGAUGUGCGAAAAACACAAGGAAAAGAUGGAUUUCUAUUGCGGGGACCACAAAUCCAUCUGCUGUAGUAAAUGUAUUACUGUAGGUCACCGACGAUGUGAAGACGUGACAACGACAGAAGAUUACUGUGAGAAACUGAUUGACAGUAACCAGCUAGAGGAGAUCAAGAAAUCAUUACAACAAGGAAAAGAGGCAAUGCAGUCACUUGUGAAGGAUUUUGGUUUAAGGCUUCAAAGCAUUGCUGACGACCGGGACACAGCAAUGGAGAACAUCGAGGACAUGUAUGAACAGAUAGAGAAACGAAUUGCUGAGAUGAAAAAAGGAAUAACAGACGAGCUAAUAUCGAAGUACAAAGAGGAAAGAGAAUGUUUAACGUUAUCCUGUCAGAAAUGCGAAAGACUGGGAGUUGCUAUACAGAAUACACUGGAGUUAUCCUCCACAACCCGACAAAGGAAUGACCAUAUGGACACGAUCAGGCUAUAUCAGCGAGGUCAGUCGGAGGUCGAGUCAUGCAGGGAUUUAAUUGAUCAGAUGCAGAAUUCUAUAGCAUAUGUUAGUAUUCAGCAUGAAGAUUUAGACCUGACAAGUCUGGGCGAAACGCUGAAUUUGGGGAAAAUCGUUGUCCGAAAGCAGCAACUUGAUAGGAGGGGAUUAACAAAACCUCUAUCAGAGUGCGGUGUAAGAGAAUUAAGAAAAGUAAAUAUCAAGUGUUCAUGUGAUAUGACGGAUUGCUGUGCCCGUGGAGUUGUUUACCUCCCAAAUGGUAGAAUCGUGGUGGGAGAUAACAACAACAAGAAGAUCAAGUUAAUCGAUCCAGAAGGUGAUGUUGUGGACGUGAUGAAGGUAAAUGAACGUCCCUACGGUAUAUGCAUGGUAGAUAACACCACUGUUGCGUGUGUUGAUAGUAUUGGAACUAUCAGUAUAUUAACAGUCGCGCCCAACAAACUUACUCUGAAUUCCAAAAUAAACACGAGAAAUAUAUGCUACGGAUUAGCGUGCAGAGAUGGUGAAUUCAUCGUCAGUUCAGACAACAACGUGUUCAGUGUAGCUAAGGACGGUACAACACGUACGUUACAAGACAGUUCUUAUAUAGUUUAUGCAUUGUCAUAUGAUUCCAAGCACCAACUUCUAUAUUCCACUCGUUACACGGAUAUUCCUGGAACUUUGGCUGUUGGUAAGUUGUCAUCUGACAACAGACACGCUGACGUGUUGAAAGCUGGUUUGGUGAUGGCCUUAUGGAGUUGACGUCGACAAGGAAGGCAACGUCUAUGUGUGUGGUUACCAGUCACAAAACGUGAUACAGAUGUCAGCGGACGGAACAAACGUUCGGGAACUGUUGACGGCAAAGGACGGUAUCAUUCAACCAGAGGCAAUAUCCAUAUAUGA